AAAUCCACCGUUGUUUCUCAGUAACUUCAUGCAGUUUCUUCGAGCAACAUAUUGUUGUCAUCAUCGUCAGGUGGAGAGGAAGUGGCAUAAUGAGUUAUUUCAUCCUCUUACAGAACUAAUCCUGACUGGAAUAGCUGAUGUUUUCAACAAAGUUGAUGAAAGAAGUGAAGAUUUCCGGACGCUCUUAGAAGUUUUAAAGAUAUGUUCCCAAGGUUUCCAUGCUAAAUGGUCUUUUCUGCCGAUUCCAGACGAAGUUCACGAUCUUCUUUUUACUCUUGGUCAUCCAGUUUUGCAGUUGGUUGUAGAAGCUUUAGAUUUAUCGGAAACAAAGUUUCGAGAGUUAGCAGAGGCCAAUAUUAGGAAUACAGUGCCAGGACUGCAUGUACAUGACAAAGAUAGGGAAAUCUUUUGUAAAACAAACGACAAGUACUACUGGUCCAUCCGUGGAGGCAGAUUGUAUCAUUACAGUGUUACAAUUUCAAUUUUGAUUCCAGAUAUUUCAAAUCUGAAAAUUAAUGACCACACUGAUGAAGCAAAGUCAAAGCAUAUGCGCAAAACCAAUGAGUUUAAAAUUCUGCUCUCUAUGCAGAAAGGUUUUAAACAUAAUUCCAUAGCGAAACUUUUGGCGUUCGGUUCCCCUGCCUUGCCUUUGCCAUUUUAUGUGAUUGAAAAUCAUCCUCAAGGCUUGUUGGAAAGGUUGUUGGAAGCAAGAAGAUCCCACAAGUGGCUACCUUUAUCAUGGAUGUACGAACGCUUGCAUGAGAUGGCGAGCUGUUUAUCCUAUCUGCAUUCACAGCGUAUUGUCCAUCGCGAUAUCGCAUUGCAUUCAUUCUGUUUGAAAACGUGUCUGACGUCAGGUAAAUGCAUGGCUGUGUUACAAAAGCUGGAACUUGCUCAUAGCACAACAGACGACAUUUCCUCUUCUGGCGCGCAUAUUGCAGGUAUAUUUGUUCCCAUCUCAAACUAAUAGCAAAACUGUCGAUUAUGAUUGGUAAUAAAUGU